AUGACCGAACUCAGUGUCUACGACAAUGACCCGACCAUUUAUCUCUUCACCUCGCUGACUGCUGGGUCCUCGCACAUCAUCACUGCUACCUCGCGAAUUGAGACAAUCCUGCGGGCGAACAAGAUUCCGUUCAAGGGCGUUGAUACCGCGACAGAUGAGCUAGCAAAGAAGUUGUUCCAGCGGAGAGCCAGUGGGAAGAAGCUUCCGUUGAUAGUCAAGGAGGGAUAUGUCUUGGGUGGCAUCACUGAAAUUGAAGAAUGGAACGAGUACGAUGAGAUUAGAGAAGCGCUGGGAGUCACCUCAGCUUUCACCCCAUUCCCCGCGAAACCUGGGCCACCCAUGGUAUCCGCACCGUCAUCGAUCAUUCCCGCAAGCGCAGCUGCGAAGAAGGAGAAUGUCGUGAUCCCGAGCCCGGAGACGAACCUCGCGCUUCGCCAACUGGGCGCUGAAGCAGCGAAGAAGGCGGCGAGCUUGAAGCCUACACCGACUAGUAUCAAGACGACAAACCCGCUGUUGAGCGAGAAGACAAAUACCCCAACCUCCGCGACCAGUGGCAUUCUCUCGCCAAAGUCAGUCCCGCUUCCUGUGACACCAGGCGUCGCAAACUUGGAGAGCCCGGUCAAAGAGACGCCGAGUAGUAUCCUCUCGCCAAAAUCGGUACCGCUUCCAGAUACGCCGACAGUCGCAGCCGCGAAGAGCCCGAUGAAAGAGACCCCCAGUGGAAUCCUCUCGCCGAAAUCAGUCCCUCUCCCACAGACACCGACGACAGCCAAAGAAGCGGCCAAAGAUACGAAGCCUGCGACCGCGAAAGCCGACGCCAAGCCCGCCGCAACCAAAGACACAAAAGCAAAGGAUGUAAAGGCCAAGGCUGCGACGACGAGGACUACAACAGCAAAGGCUACAACAGUGAAGGCUACGACGGCAAAAGCUACGACGGCAAAAGCUACGACGGCAAAAGCUACGACGACAAAAGAUGUAAAGGCGAAGACCGCGUCCUCGUCAGCGUCAGGGUCCAAAGACGCAAAGCCGAAAACUACCACCACCUCCACCAGAAAACCUGCCGCAGGAGGUCUCUUCGGUCUCGGCAAACCCGCUGCAAAACCAAGGGCGAAAGCGACGACUGUCAAGGAUACAAAGAGCAAGGAGGCCGUCAAGGCUAAGGAUGUCAAGACCACCAGGCCGACAGCCCGGUCGGGCAUCCCCAAACCUACAGAUGCGAAGAAAACGACAAAGACGCCUGUUGGUGGAGCAAAGAAGGCUGCGGUUGCUGCAGGUGCCGUGGGUGCCGCGGGCGCUGCAGCUGCGGUAGCCGCUACAACGGAGAAGAAAGACGAAGAAGACAAAAAGGAUGAAGAAGAAAGCCCAGAAGAAGAGUCCGAGGGAGAGAAGAGCGAAGGAGGCGAGGCUUCUAAACCAGCAGAGGCGGAAGCGAGUGACGCAGCAGACAAGACUGCUACAACAGAAGAGAGCAGCGAAGAAGACGACGAAGAAGAGGAGUCCUCAGAAGAGGACGAGGAUGAAGAACCUAAGCCAGCAGCCCCAGCAGCAGACCCCUCAAGCAAAGCCGAAGAGGACGAAGAAGAAGAGGAAAGCUCAGAAGAGGACGACGACGAAGAGGAAGAUGACGACGAAGAAGAUGAAGAAGAAAGCUCAGACGAAGACGAAGACAAAGAAGAGGAAAAAACACAAGCCCAACCCGCCAAAGACGCGAGUAAAGCUGGUGUAAGUGUCAAGGAUUAAACAGACACUUAUCCAUUCCAUCCAUUGAAAACUUGUACUUUUGGUCUUGCUUGUAAACUUUCUGGUGUAACCACUCUUUUAAUACUGGUUUUAUCGUCUUCGGGGUUGGGGUUCGGAUCGGUAAAGGGGAACGGGAGAACGGAAACUAGAAUGUAGUAUAGUAUAGUAGCCGUUUUGGUUUGUUCAAUAUGUAGUAUGCUUAUUGAAUGGGGAUCCUUUCACCAUA